GAUCGGGUGUUAGCAGUGCGCGUGUGUGUGUGUGUGUGUGUAUGUGCUAGUGCUCUGGGGACAGUGAAGGAGCAGUGGGGUGGAGGUCUUUGCCACGUUUCGGAGGAGACAUGCUGAAGUACGGCUCUGGCGGCACGGUCACCACUACGGCCAAUGGCGAGGAUCCACCCAGCCAGAGAAGGAUCCGUCGUCUUAGACUGACUUUGCACUCCAAUGAUCCCUCGCCUGGACAAGAUGAGACCCAGGGAGACGUCCCGAACAAAAAGGAGGAGAAAGCGAUCAAUGGCACAGGGAGGAGAAAAAAUGGCUACAUGGAACCAACAGCACAGCACCUUGCCGCUGUGACCAAUGGGGUGCGAGAGAAGUCGCCCCAGCGGGGAACCAAGGCGCAGAGGACGGGCGCUGACAGCCAGCAGGAAGUGAUGGCGUGUGAGUGGUCCGUCAAUCACCUGAGGGACCAGAUGAACUACAUCCGAGAGGUGAGAGACUCCCUGGAGAAGGUGAGGGAGCGGAUGUAUGGCCAGUUCGGCGGAAUGCAACAGUCAAUGAGCAGGCUUUCGCAAGACAUAAGAUCAGCCAAUGCUCAGAGACAGCGGCUGGAGUCAGAGGUGAGGGUACGGACUGCAGCGAUGGAGAGCUUUGAGCAGAUGAACAGCUCCCUCAUAUCCGCCAACAUCGACUUGCAGAAGUCCCUGCUGCAGAGCUGUGCGGAGCGGGUGGAGGCCCGGGACAAGGCGAAGAGCCAGUGCAGCUCCUGUCAGCAGGUGGAAGAGAAGCUGAGGGAGAGGGAGAAGGAGCUGGCCGCCGCCCGCGCGGAGAACCAAACCCUCCGACUGCAGGUCGAGGCGUCUCAGGAGGCCAACUCCCAGGCGCUGCGGGAGGUGACCCAGAAACUGCAGAGCCAGCACAAGGAGCGUCUGCAGGAGGAGCAGAGGAAGCAUGUGGAAGAGAUCGAGGCUCUGCAGGCACAAAUCGAUGAGUACUUGAGGAAGCUCGAGGAGGCUGAGAAGAAUGCCAGGAUAGCAGAGGCAAAGAUAGCUGAACGGGACCAGAGGAUUAGCGAGGUGGAGCGUCUGCUGGACUGCAUGGCACAGGAGAAGGGUCAGCUGCAGCAGAAGCUGGAGGAGUGUGAGACACGUCUGUCCAGACUGAGGCAGACUGACCAAGUGGAUGCAACCACAGUCAGGAGGUCUCAGCAGUUGGAAGAGGAGGCUUCAGAGCUGCGGGAAAGAAUCAAGCACCUGAACGACAUGGUGUUCUGUCAGCAGAGGAAGGUGAAGGGCAUGAUCGAGGAGGUUGAAAUGUUACGGUCUAGUGUGGUUCAGAAGGAUCUGUACAUUACAGAGCUGUUGGACAGAAUUGCCAUCAUUGAAUGUGAGAAUAAUGAGUUAGAAGACAAGCUGAAGUAUUUUAUGUCUAUGCAGAAUGAGAGUGGGGGUGCAGUGCAAACAAGAGACAUUGGGGUGGGCUGUGAUCUCCCAGUAAGACCUGAGCCACAGCCACAAGAAGAAGCCCAGUCCAGACUACCCAGACCGAGUCCAUUACUCCCCAGCAGAAUUGAUUCUAGUUUACUCAAGUAUUCCCCACUGCAGUACAGCUCAAUGCUAAAAUCCAAUCCUGACCAGCCCAGUAGAGCCUUGCGCAGCCCAACACAGGCCACCACUGUCCCUGUAAACCCGAGCCAGUCUGGCUCACCACAGCACAGUAGGGAAGAUUCCACAUCAACACAGACCACCUCCACCUCAGCCCCCUCCAGUCCGGAGCGGCCCACUCCGGCCCCGUCCAGUCCACAGGCGAGGUCAAGCCCGUCAAGAAUUUACACGCCUUACAUGAGACUGAUGGAAAUUACUGCAAAGAUGAACAUAGAAUGAGAUAAGGUGUUCCUGCAAUUGACAAUCCCCAGGUUGCACUCCUGAUGCUGCUUGCAUGUAAAAAGUUGCAAGGAAUGUCCCAGAUGGCAGCUCCAGUAUUACCUUAAAGCUUCACUGGUGUUUGACAUAUCAACAAUGUGUGUUUCUUUGUGAAGAAAUGACCACAUGUGGAUGCUACAAAGAUUUAUUUAGCUCACCUCACACAGCAUAGAGGGGUAGUAUAAGUAGACUUUGCUGUAUAGAUGUAAAUAUUUUAUUAUAAAUCUGUAUAUAAAUUAUUUUCAGAUGGUGUUUUUGAUGCUUUUUAUUUUUGUUUACAAUGAAUGUAGUGAUAAGGUUUCAUGAUAUGGAAUUUUGAAGUCAUAAUGGCAACCCUUUUUAAAUGUACACCUGUAUGCUGUAUUUGUAAUGUUUUUGUGAUCGACUAAUUCCUUUACAUUUGCUCAGGACAAAUGUGCUCAUUCAAUCAAAAUAUUUUAUUACUGCUCAAGCAAUUCACACAAUAUUUCUGAGUUAUUUAAUGUAUCGUAGCUUUUUGCUUAAUAUUUUGCAAACCCCAGUUAAAUUUUGAAAAUGCUAUAUGAUCUUGCUCUUUGAGAAAAAUGCAUAAUUGUUGUUUUGGAAAGCUGCUGCUCCUGAGCCAGUGUCACUGGCACAUUUGUCUACACUGCCAGACCCACAUAUGUGAAACCACUAAGGUUAAAUCAGCAUUUUUAAUGUAAAGAUAAGUGGGGCUUCAUUAAGUGCCUCUGCUCUAAUGUUAUAUUGGGUUAUACAGCUCACCUGAUCCUUGUAUUCAUUUAUAAAAUCCACUAUGUAUUUAA